GAUGAGCCAAACCCAAUCAAGAAUCCUUUUUGCCUUUCCAUCAUCUCUAAUGAUCAUCAUCAUCCUCCUCCUAAUUACGGAAUUGGUGACAUCAGCUGCUGCAGCUAAACAAAACCGUUACACGGUUCAUAUAGAGAACAAUCUUCGUGCCACGGAGAAUCCGUUGGGGGUUCGAUGCAAAUCUAAACCCUUAGAUCAGGAUUUAGGGCUCCAAAGUGUUCACGUCGGGCAACAGUUACAAUGGGACACCCCGUUUGAUUCUUCAAGUCCUGGUGGUGAUCCCGAUUGGUAUUGUGAUUUUCUCGAUUGGAAUAUCAGGGAGACGGUGUUCACUGUUUUCAAUGGACCUUUGGUCGGAAAAUAUUGCCGUGAAGCUUGUUAUUGGUUGGUGAAAGAAGAGGGUUUCUAUAUUGCGGGUGUAAACAAUCCAGCACCAAAACAUUUUCUAUUUGUCCGAGAUUGGAACCAGUAAUAACUAAUGGAUAAUGAUUUCCUAUAGGCAAAUGGAAAUUUUCAUAUGUAAUUUAUAGAAUAUUAAUAUACUGAUGGUUAAUGGUUUAUGGAUUUAAUCCUGUUUUUGAAUAUUAUGUUUUUUUUAUAUAUAUUAAUGGCCAUUUCACCGCUACAUAUGUUUACUAGGGUUUUUAUUACAAAAUCGUGUUGUAUGUAUGCAUUACAACUUUA